CGUAAGUGCGGCGGAGCUGGCCGGGCUGGGCCGGGGGCGGGUUUGGAGACGCGUCGUUGGGUUUCGGAGGCCGUGACGGGCCUGUCUGGGUUCAACCGCCGGUCAGAGAGCGUUUCCCAGGGGCCCGGCUAGGAGCGAGGACCGCGAGAUUCCCGAUGGUGUCCAUGUCUUUUAAGCGGAGCCGCAGCGAGCGGUUCUACAGCACCCGGUGCUGCGGCUGUUGCCAUGUCCGCACCGGGACCAUCAUCCUGGGGACCUGGUACAUGGUGGUAAACCUGUUGAUGGCGAUUUUGUUGACUGUGGAGGUGACUCACCCAAACUCAAUGCCAGCUGUCAACAUUCAGUAUGAAGUCAUUGGAAAUUACUAUUCAUCUGAGAGAAUGGCUGAUAAUGCCUGUGUUCUUUUUGCCGUCUCUGUUCUUAUGUUUAUAAUCAGUUCGAUGCUGGUAUAUGGAGCAAUUUCUUAUCAAGUGGGUUGGCUGAUUCCAUUCUUCUGUUACCGGCUUUUUGACUUUGUUCUCAGUUGCCUGGUUGCUAUCAGUUCUCUCACUUAUUUGCCAAGAAUCAAAGAAUAUCUGGAUCAAUUGCCUGAUUUUCCCUACAAAGAUGACCUCCUGGCCUUGGACUCCAGCUGCCUCCUCUUCAUUGUUCUGUUGUUCUUUGUCUUAUUCAUCUUGUUCAAGGCUUAUCUAAUAAACUGUGUUUGGAACUGCUAUAAAUAUAUUAACAACAGAAAUGUGCCUGAGAUUGCUGUGUACCCUGCCUUUGAAGCACCUCCACAGUAUGUUUUGCCAACCUAUGAAAUGGCAGUGAAGAUGCCUGAAAAAGAGCCACCGCCUCCUUACAUACCUGCCUGAAGGAAUCCUGCCCUGUGUCAAUAAACUCUACACCAGCUUUGGUUUCGUUUAUUUUACAGAAUGCUGCAAUACAGGGCUCUCCAAACUUGUUUGGUAUAAAACACAUUUUCAUUUGUUUAAGCAUUUAUUUUCAAAACACUAAGGAGCUUUUUGGACAUGUAUUAAAAGUAAUUUUUUUGUUAAGCGUAUUAUAUUUGAAUAGUUUUUGAAGACAAUCUAGGUUAACCGAGAGCAAAGUGCCAUUGUUUGCCUUUAAUUGGGGGUGGGAAUGGGUAUUCUCUACAUAUUUUCUUUUUUAACUUUGCACUUUGUUUAUAUAAUAGUUUGCGUUUUAGUUGUUAGCUACCCUGGAUACUUUGAGGAAGAAUGAAUUAAAUAUUCAGAGUGUGUGAGUUGGGAAUAAGAUCUAAGGUUUUCAGCUAUGAAAACAGGAAAAAUAUAUAACAUUUUGACCUGACUGUGGAAAAUGAUGGUUGCAUGUUUCUAAUUUGUAUGUUUCCAUCUUUGUAAUAAGAUGCUUUAAUAAAUCUCUUAAAUAUU